CAAGUCAAGGGUGAGGUAACCGAGAUGGAUCGUCAUCGGCGGAUGUUGAACUCCUUACGUCAGUGACAGGCAACGGUGACAGGUUCCUUGAGGCGAGCCCUUAUUUCCAUUUUUGUAGGCGGAGAUCCAUCUGUGUCGUCACGGGCGAGCGGGCGUGGCUUUGAACUCGCGCCUCGCACCUCCCAGCCAGCCAGCGGCAGUUGGCUAGGAAGCGAGUGGCGGUUAUUUUGAGUCCGGGCGGAAUGGCGGAGGCGCCGACUGUGACCUCUUCCGCGGCCAGAAGCGCUCCCGGUCGAGCCACGCCACCCUUGGAGCAAAUGGCGGAGCCGCCUCGCGGACUACUGGAGGUGGUGGAGAUGCAGCUGGGAGACGCAGCAUUUUCACUCACCAAGCUUUUGGAGGCUACAUCUGCAGUGUCAGCCCAGGUAGAAGAACUUGAAACCAAAUGUACUGAACAUGCUAGAUUUCUUAAAACAUGGCGGAGCCUUUUAAAAGAAGGAUAUGAUUCCCUGAAACCCACUGAGUGAUUUGAACACCCAUACAAUGUUGCUGUUUUAACUGUUUAAGGAAACCAAAGGCAAGACUGGCCAACAGCACAUAACACUUUUUACUACCUUCAUAUGGAGAGAUAGAACUACUUCAACAAGCCUUCAUUUUAAAUCUGCAAAGAAAAACAGAACGGUGGUUUUUAACUUCAUGAUACAAGCAAAGCAGCUCCCUUAAAUACUUUGAAGCAUGCUCACCAUACUGGAUAAUUUGUUCCUAGGGCAUGACUGAAAGAAUAUGUGCUGUAAAAAUAUUUUUCUUAAAGGUCAGGAGAUCAGACUGAAAUAGUGAUUAAGAGUCUCAUUUGACUGUUACUUGGAAUUUUACUAGUUGUGGAUGACUGUAGAAUUCAUUGUAUAAGGUCUAUGGACUGUUAGGGUAAAAUAUUUAAUUGUACGGAAAACAGGUGUGUUUAAUCCUCUUAAAGUAACAUCCAACACUUUCUGCCCUAAACAGGUGUGACUAUGGCUGUCUGGAAACUGGUUGCUGUUUUACUUAGUCUCAUGACAGCUUCAAUAUAUUAAGUUUUCAAUCAUAUUUUUCUAUUUUGAACAUGUGAUCAGAGUAUGUUUUGACAAAAUAAACUGAGUAUAGAGCCUUAUGCAUGAUAGAUCAUAGAAUUUUAUCUCCUGCUAAAAGAUGCAAGUCUUAUUAUUUAUUGUGUAAUCUUUUAUUGGCAUAUUGUAAAUCUGAUACUUUGAGUAUAAAUUGAGGAAGCAAUGUUAUUUGUAAACAAGGACUGUAUGCAAGUUAUUUUAGUUGCAUUAAGCACCAUUGAAAGCAAUAUGAUGAUUUAAUUAGUACUUUGUACCUAUUGAAAUCACUGUGUAAAUGCAGGUAACAUUCUGGAUCCAACCCAAUUAUCUGCCUUUUGUUUUCAUCCUGGAAACGGCAUUUAAGUAAGUUAAACAACAGGAAUACAAAUAGUUAAAUUUCCAAAUAAAUUCAGUGUUACUAUAUUAAUAAAGUAUAUUGGU